AUGGAGGUUCGGAAUUCGGAAUUACGAUCUGACCACUCGGAAGGAAUGUGCUCAUUCCGAACCUUCCGACAAGGUCCAUUCCGAUCAGGCCUGGUGGGGAAUUAUUCAGAAAUUUUUUUUUUGUAGUUCUCGACGAAAAAGCCGACACCGCCUCUGGAAUAUUACCCGGAACUGAUAAAAUUGUUAUUUCGGAUGCUGUGCGUGAUGCGAUGGUGGAUAGUGAGAAAAUAUCGAAGGCUGUUUUUGAUGAAAUGAAUGUCGCCUUGCCGCCACUGCAAAGUUUGACAGAUUUCAUAGAAAAAGAGAAACGAUUCAAGGAUCAAGUCAAACAAGGUACUUAUUGCAAGAAACUGAAAAAUCUGAGGGAUACAACUGCUAAAGGAACUGUUGGCUUAUACAGAACUUUGCAAUCCAUCAACAAUAGGCCAAAUGAUUUUUAUUUGACUCCAUUGAAAUCAUUUCUUGUCGACGAAACCAGCAACAAUAAAAAUGAGUUGAAAAAAGGGAUAAUUGAUAUGGGUACAUAUUUGGAAACAGUUAGAACGGUAAUAAUUUUCUAUUCUCAUUUUUAGUUUAAUUAUUUCAUACAUUUUCAGAAAUUAAUCCGAGGAUGGAAAGAUUCUCUGGUUCAAUUUGGCAACUCGUUCCAUAUGAGCAAAGACAAAAUCUUUGUAACCAUUCUUGUCACCGAUAUUUCACUGUUAUAUAUUCCAUCUGCAUUUGUCCUUGUUUUUAUUAUUUGCUCAACUAUAAUCAUCUGGACAACAGAAUCUACUAAAUUUAACCGUGUUCUACUUCUAGUCAACCAAGUUUUAUUCUUCGUAAUCGUCAUCGUUGUUAUCGCAUGUGCAAUUUUUUCAUUCUUCGCACAUUCAUCGGAAUGUUCAGCUGAUGAAGAUAAAACAGUUUAUUUCAACUUUGAUAUUACGACUCGCGAUGGUUCCACCAAAAACUCUCACAAGAUUCUAUCAACAUGCUCAUCAAAUUUAUUCGAUUCGCCGAAUGAUGACAUUUUGUUGGGAGACUUUGGAUUAUCCAAGAAUUUGAAGACAUUUAUUGUUGGUAAAAUGAGAGAACUGAAGAAAGAAGAAGAAACACACCAUAAAACCAAGAGCAAACUUAAAAAUGAAAUUCCGACGGACUGGGAUAAUAAGAAAUAUUAUUACUACGAAUUGGGUGAUUUGCCGAAAGAUGAAUGUUCUUCAUCCAAGAGUUUGGUAGAUGGAAUUAUUAAAGAGUUCGAUGCAAUUGUCAAUCAAACAGACGCAACAAUUGCCGCGCUGAACAAACGAGAAGAUAAUUGGGAUGAUUUGGAAGCGAAAGUUGGAAGGGCGGUGGAUAAGCAUAUCCAAAAUAGUGGUGGAAUGAUUACAGAACAUGUCGACAAAAUCAAUGUGAGUUUUGAUCACGAAUCAAAUCGCUGUCAGAUAGAAAACAAUUUUCCGCGAAUUUUGUACAAAAAUUUGAUCUGAAAUUUCAAAAAUUCAAUGUUCUAUUCUUCCAGGAUGGUAUCGAAGUUCUGAAUGUCGAUUGCCAAACCACCAGAGCUCUAUUCGCGAAAGUAAAUGAAUGUUCGAAUGGUGCAACUAUCGCAUUUUUUGUUCUGCCACGAUCCAUUGUUUUCUUUGUCUUGGGAAUGUGUACGAUAUAUUUUCUGUUCACAUAUCGAAAAUUCGGUCCAACUCGUCAAGAUCCGUCACCUAUCGUUGUCGAAAAGAAAAUAUUUAUACCCAUCGCAGGUCAAUCUUUUCCACCAUCUCCACCACCUCCAGAGGCUCGAGGGGCUCCAGCAGCUGCAGACAUACCAGAAGCCGCAGAAGCGCCAGAAGCCGCAGAAGCACCAGCAGCGGCAGAAGCACCAGAAGCCGCAAAAAGCCCAAAGGUUGAUGGCAGGAAGCAGUGGGCGGAAAGUAAUUCCGAUUUGGUAAGAAAAUUGUAAAUGAUAAAAAAAAUUUGUUUACUUCCAGACUUGCGCCGAAAUCAAAUGUAACUACUUGCAGGGGAUCCGAAAACUAGGCUUGUCAGAUCAAGAAAUGAUGAAUUUAAACGAUCUCAUUGGAAAAUUUCGAUUUAUGAAUCCAUGUGUGAAAGCUACGAGAGUUGCUCUGAAAAAUAAAACAAACAUUAAAAAAAGUUUUAUACAUGCAAAUCGAGUCCCGAUGCCCGAUAAAACUGAAUAUAUCGCAACAAUUGCACCACUCGAUAAAAAUAAAUUAGAAUACACUUCAGACACAAAACCUGAUUUUUGGGAGAUGGUUUGGCAAGAAAAGGUUGGUUUUUUAUUGAUCGUAACAAAAUACAAGGAGAAUACAAAAUAUAUUUUUUUUGUGAAAAGUCUGCGACUUUUAAAAAUGAUUUUGCUGAAUUUUUGGCUCGUCGUCAUUUUAAUCGUGAUUUUUGGAGAUUCGUUUUAAAAACCUCUGUAACCUGAAAAAAGAAACAUUUUCAGGUGGAAGUCAUUGUGAUGUUGUGUCAGAUUGAGGAAGGUGGUAGAAAGCGAUGCGCGGUUUAUUUUCCACAAAAAUUGAAUGAAAAAUUGACAUUCGGAGAUUAUACAAUUGAGUUGGUUGAAAACAAAGACAGUAAGAUGGAGGGUGUUUGCUGGCGUCGUUUCGAAGUUACAAAUUCAAAAUCGGAAACGCGUGUCGUGAAUCAUUUGCAGUAUCUGCAUUGGCCGGAUUUUGGAAUACCAGAAGAUCCAAAUUCAAUCAUCAAUUUGCUCGACUUUGUCAAAGAGUUCAAAAAACAUCCGAUCAUUGUACAUUGUGUUGCUGGUGUUGGUAGAACUGGUUGCUUUUUGGCAAUUGAAUGUGCUAAUCAAAUGUUGGAAGGUGGCCAUCAAAUGCGAGAAGUCAUGAAAACUCUGCGUGGAAUGCGAGCACAAUCAGUCCAAACAUCGUUGCAAUAUAUAUUUCUUCAUGCAUGUUUGUUCAAGUACUUUGAACAGGUUCAAUUUUUUCCAUUACUUUCAAAACAUGAAAACAAAUUUAUUUAACUUUCAGCAACAUUUUAUUGAUUCUCAGAAAUUGGUCAAUUUUUUUGUCGACUUCGCAGAGUAUAGAAAGAACUCGAACAACUGGGAUGAUCCAUCUGAAACUGAAGUGGAAGCGGGGAAUGUUUUUGCGGAGGAAGAGAAAAACAAGAGAAUAGGCAAAAAAAAGGAAAAGGAGGAAAAGAAGGAAAAGAAGGAAAACACGGAGAAAGUCGAAGAUGCGACACAAUUGGAGGAGGAUCCAAAAAAGAAUAAUUUAUAG